UCCAAACCGGACAGCCCCGGCGAGGACGCCCCCGCAGAGGACAUGGCCAGAUACUACUCGGCGCUGAGGCACUACAUCAACCUCAUCACCAGGCAGAGAUAUGGAAAGAGAUCAAGCCCAGAUACAAUGAUCUCAGACCUCUUGUGGAGGGAAAGCACAGAAAACAUUCCUAGGUCCAGGUUUGAAGACCCUUCGAUGUGGUGAUGGGAUCUUCAGCUCACCUUCAAAAUUUUCCUAGUUUUCAUACUCCACGCCUAUGAAGCGAAUCAUAGCAUCCUUCCCAGUGCAUGCAGCCAUUGUACCGAAUUCUGUAGAGUUUUUCCUCCAUCAUAUUUGUAUAUACCUUUAUUUAAAUAAAUUAUUUGUGCAUUCCAAAAUAUAACAUACUAAAUGAAAACAACCAACCAUGUCAUUGGUAUAACAAAGCAUUGUUUUAAACCAUGAAAACUGAAUUAUAACCUCC